AUGGGUAACUAUGUUUCUGCGAUAGACAGAGCAACAAAGGCCUGCUCAGAGGUCAUCAGCCAUUGUCAAAUAGAAAAAGAUUCCAAGAAGUUCAGGGAAGAGUACAACUUCAAAAUACUCCUUCUCGGUACCAGCGAAUCUGGAAAGUCGACAAUUGUCAAUCAGAUGAAAAUAGUUUAUGGACAUGGUUUCACCAACAGCGAGCUCGUGACUUUCCACACAAUAAUAUAUCACAACACCCUUGACUCUGCACAGGCCAUCAUACUCCAGAUGCACAAGAUGAAUAUGGAGUGUAUAAAGCCAACCAAUCGGGUAUUUGCUGAACGCAUUAUUGAAUACAGGAUUGAACAUGAUCCCAAUUUUGUUUUCUCGGCUGAUAUUGCACAAGCCAUUCAUGAGAUAUGGCAGGACCAUGCCAUUCAGAAGGUUAUGGACUGUGCGAGCGAGUUCUAUCUUAUGGACUCUGCAAGCUAUUUCUUUACGGAGGUACUCUGUAUAGGCACCCCUGACUAUAUACCAACAGAGAAUGAUGUACUGCGAGCUGGAGCUCAGACAACUGGUGUAACGAAAACACGGUUUCAAAUAGGAUGGCUUUCCUCACAACGCAAGCAGUGGAUACACUGUUUUGAAUCUGUCAACACCAUUGUAUUCUGUGCCUCGUUAGUGGAGUACGAUCAGGUGCUACUAGAAGAAAAAACCCAGAAUCGCAUGGCUGAAUCACUAGAUCUUUUUGAUACUUCACCCAUCGAGACCUACUUCCCAGAGUAUACAGGUGGCGCAGACACAAGCAAAGCGGUACAAUAUAUCCUACAUCAGGAAAAUGUUCGAGUGCUUUUUUUGCCUUAUUUUACUUAG